AUGAAUGAAGUACCCAACUGUGCUCACCUCAGUCUGGUGAUGUGGGUGUUCUGUCAGAACAGUACGCUAAUGGCUUAUGAUGCUGACGACAACCCAGUGACGGUCAUGAUGAAGUUUGUAAUAGCUCGGGGAUUCAACUUGCAAGAGAGGUCACAUGGACUGAUUGGUCAGUUCUGGAACAUUCCUAUCACUCUUCAACUAGUCAAUGAUUCGAGCGAGGGUGGUUUGACCCCUGACCCCUACUACACGGUGAUGGUGGCCCAUCCUGACUCCGCCCCCAGGACCUUCACCGCGAUCUAUUACCCCCGGACCUGGGAGGUUAUUCGUGGUCAGAAUGACCCGUGUCUUUACGCCGGAGGGCAACAAGCUGACAGCACGGACACCAGCAACUCAGUGAUCCAGGGGACCUACAGGGACUAUGUUGUCAGUGAACCAUUUAGCACCCAAUACCUAUAUAGCAAGUUUCAGGACGAUAGGUGUUAGCCGUAUAAUAAAUGCAAGCUAGGUCGCCAUAAUUAUGCUUGUCCAAAUUACUAGAAUAAGUAUUAAUUUUUCUCUUUAUAAUACAUUAUAAUUAAUUACGGUGCAAAUAAUUAGCCAUGCUCUUGAUUUCUAAUCGUUGACGGAAGUUCUCUGUAGUUUUUAUUAACA